AGCUCAAGUUUUGAUCGGUAAAAGUUUUUAUAAAUGAAAAAUUUUUUUUUAUUCAACUAAUUUUAUAAUUUUUUUAACUUGAGUUUUUGCUUUGUUUUUUUCUUAAAAAUAUUCAAAUUCUUAUGUGGUAUACUUGGAAAACUGCUCAGUAUCCGACCAUUAGAUUAAACGAACAGUGGGAACUUUAAGCAAACUUUUUUAUUAUUUUAAUUCUUAUUUUUUUUUUCAUUUUUUUGUUCGUUGUUUCAUUGAAGAUUUUAAAAACGAAAAAAUUAUUUUUAUUGCUUAUUGAAUUUUUAUUAAAAAAAAUUAAACGAAAUAAAAAGUAAAUUUAAAAAUAGAUAAAGAAAAUUUUAAUAAGCAAGAAAUUUUAUUACAUUAAGUGAACGGAAUUGGAAUACCUUUUUUCACUUUGUAAAAAACCUGGAACAAUUCUAAAUGAAGGGAUUGAAACUGGUGCACUAAAAGACAAACUUAAAGAUUGCAACAUAUUAUACCGGUAAUUUAUAGUGACCCCAACAGUGAAUUAAUACUCAAGGAAUAAAAAUUUUUACAAGAAGAUCAACAUUGUGUGGCGGAAACCUAUUAUACAAUUAUUUUUUCCCUUUAAUCAAUUUUUUUUGUGAUAUUUACAGAAGUAUACUUGAAAUUCCAUACACGUUUGUAAAUAAGAUAAUUUUGUAACCUGCUAAUAAUAUACACAUACAUUAUAUCCACACAUAAACAAUAGUAAUAUAGUAUUGGAUGAUUGAAACUAUAAUAUAAUCUUCAGAAAAUAUAACGACCUUGAAAUUGUGAAUUAAAAUUAAAUUAUCAAUAAAUAAUUACUACAUAAAUACAGUAUAAUAAUAGCAACGAAACUAAAAUAAUGUCACCGGCUUGUGAAUGUCCGGUAAGUGUGCCUUCAGGGCCAACUUUAGCAUCAACAUGUGGCGGUAAUGCAUUCAUGUUAUUUAUGGGAUUAUUAGAAGUUUUUAUUAGAUCACAAUGUGAUUUAGAAGAUCCAUGCGGUAGAGCUAGUUCAAGAUUUCGUUCAGAGCCUGAUUACGAAUAUGAUUUUAUUGUUGUUGGUGGAGGUUCUGGUGGCGCAACGGCUGCAGCCCGUUUAUCAGAAGUACCUCAUUGGAAAGUUUUACUUAUAGAAGCAGGUGGAGAUGAACCGGUUGGCGCUCAAAUACCUUCAAUGUUCCUUAAUUUUAUUGGCUCUGAUAUUGAUUGGCGAUAUAAUACGGAACCAGAGACAAAUGCAUGUUUAAAUUCUCCUGAACAAAGAUGUUACUGGCCGAGAGGAAAAGUAUUAGGUGGUACAUCCGUACUUAACGGAAUGAUGUAUAUUCGUGGUAAUCGUGAAGAUUAUGAUGAGUGGGAAGCCAUGGGUAACCCAGGAUGGAAAUAUGAUGAUGUGUUACCAUUUUUUAAAAUGUCAGAAAAUAAUUUAAAUAUCGAUGAAGUUGGAUCAAAAUAUCAUGCAACUGGAGGUCCAUUACCUGUUGGUAAAUUUCCCUAUAAUCCACCAAUGUCAUAUGCAAUAUUAAAAGCUGGUCAAGAACUUGGUUUCAACGUGCAAGAUUUAAAUGGUGAUAACGCAACAGGGUUCAUGAUAGCACAAAUGACAUCACGUAAUGGUAUACGUUACAGCUCAGCAAGAUCAUUUUUACGUCCAGCACGUGAUCGUUCAAAUCUUCAAAUUUUGUUAAAUACAACAGUGACAAAAGUUCUUAUAAAUCCACAAUCAAAAACUGCUCAUGGUGUAGAAGUGAUUGAUCAAUAUGGCAGUACAAGAAAAAUUCUUGUUAAAAAGGAAGUAAUUAUCAGCGGUGGUGCAGUAAAUUCUCCACAAAUUUUAUUAUUGAGCGGUGUGGGUCCAGCUGAAGAUCUACAAAAAGUUGGUAUAAGGCCAGUUCACAAUUUGCCUGGCGUUGGAAAAAAUCUUCAAAAUCAUGUAGCAUAUUUUACAAAUUUCUUUGUUGAUGAUGCUGACACAAGACCACUCAAUUGGGCCACUGCAAUGGAAUAUUUACUUUUUCGUGAUGGUUUAAUGUCAGGUACAGGAAUAUCAGAUGUUACUGCAAAAAUCUCUAGUACACUAGCUGAUCCACCAAAUUCUCCUGAUUUACAAUUUUACUUUGGGGGGUAUUUAGCUGAUUGUGCUAAAACUGGACAAGUUGGUGAAUUAUCAACGAAUGGCAGUAGAGCAGUACAAAUAUUUCCAGCUGUUUUACGGCCAAAGAGCCGUGGUUAUAUUACAUUAGCGUCAAAUGAUCCUCUAGCACCACCAAAAAUAUUUGCAAAUUAUUUAACGAAUAGCGAUGACGUUAAAACUUUGAUUGAAGGAAUCAAAAUUGCAAUAAGAAUUUCUGAAACUGCUGCUAUGAAACCUUAUGGUAUUAGAUUAGAUACAACACCAGUACCUGGUUGCGAAAAUAUACGUUUUGGUACAGAUGAAUACUGGACAUGUGCUGUAAUGAGAAAUACUGGACCUGAAAAUCAUCAAGCUGGUUCAUGUAAAAUGGGUCCAGCAACUGAUCCACUAGCUGUUGUUGACCAUGAAUUGCGUGUCCGAGGUAUACGUAAUUUAAGGAUAAUGGAUACGUCAAUUAUGCCAAAAGUAACAUCUGGGAAUACACAUGGACCAGCAGUUAUGAUUGCAGAUAAAGGUGUCCAUCAUGUGAAACGAGCAUGGGGUGCUUUAGUGAAUCCAAACGAUAAUGUUCUAAGCUAUUAUAAUCAACAACCUCAGCAACAAGAUCAAUAUCAUCAUCAAGGUUUCCAUAAUCAUCAAGGAUAUUAAUUAAAAAAUUUUGUCGCCGCAUUCAUAUCUCUUUUUUUUAGAAAUUCAUAUAAAAUCUUCCCUUCUAUUUUUAAUUAUAUUUUUUUUAUUUAAACUUUCGAAAUAUUUUCUCUUUUGGUAACCUAAAAAUUUUUUUCCAAAUUUUUACAACAUUUAAAAAUUGUCUUGUAUUUUAAUAUCCGCCUCGCAAAAUUCGAGCAGCAUAAUAAUGUUAGGUAUCCUACAAUAUUAAUGUUACCAAAUUAAAAUACCAUAUUCUUCAUUUGCGAAUUUCGAUAAGUAAAAGAUAAAGUAAUUUUUUUCUAACAAAGAAAAGAAAAGCUGAGAAGAUUGUAUUAGAUUUAGUUUAUAUAUAUAUAUGUACAUCUAGAAGCUUUAAGUUUUUUAUAAUUUUAGUUUAAUUUAAUUUACAUCAUAUAAAACAAUAUUAUAAAA